UCCCUCCCUCUCUCUCCUCCGCUCCAUCUCUCUGUGAGCAGUAAUCUCCAGUUGCUCUCGCUGUCUUGCAGCUCUCUGCCCUGCCACAGUGCAUCUCUCUCUCUAUCUCUCUCUCGCUCUCCCUCAGCUUCACUUUUUCCCCAGUGAGGAUGACAUCCCCGAAUUUGAUGAACCAGCGCAGCUCUCAUUCUGGCUGGUGGCUUCCGAGGGAGACCCCAUAUGAGCGGGUUUACUGGACGAGGAGGUGCCGCAUCUAAGGAGCUUGGUAGAAGACCUGUCAGCUGCAGCAGUGUCUGAAUUAGAGACUGCAUCCAUCAACUCUGCAUACGGUCAUCUCCUCUUGAAAAAACGCCAUUCAUCUAAAAACUCAAAUCCCCGGAUUUGCCGGACACAUGUCACAGGUUGAGCAGGAGAUCUCACCUGUCCAGAGGAAGAUGUCUGACCUUGAGUCAGUGCUGCAGCAGAAGGAUAUAGAGUUGAAGGCUUCAGAGACCCAGAGGACUAUCCUGGAACAGGAUCUGGCGACCUAUAUCACAGAAUGCAGUAGUCUCAAGCGUAGUUUGGAACAGGCUAGAAUGGAGGUGUCACAGGAGGAUGAUAAAGCGCUGCAGCUCCUUCAUGACAUCCGCGAACAGAGCAACAAGCUUCAGGAGAUAAAAGAGCAGGAAUAUCACGCCCAGCUGGAAGAGAUGAGAGUCUCUAUCAGACAGCUGGAGGAGGACCUGUCGGCCGCCCGUCGUCGCAGCGACCUGUAUGAGGCGGAGCUGAAAGAGUCCCGACAGUCCAGCGAGGAGCUGAAGAGGAAGGCUGCAGACUACCAGCACAGGAUGCAGAAGGUUAAAGAGCAGGGCAGAACUGAGGUAGAGGAUGUGCUCACCAAGCUGGAGAAGGCCAAUGUUGAGCAACAGACAAAGAUCCACGAUCUUCAAGAGAAGCUCACCAAGGCCUUGAAAGCCAGUGGUGAGGCUACAGACCUCCUUCAGAGUAUGAGACUGGCCAAAGAGCGCAUGGAACGAGAUCUGGAGAGGUUCCAGAACAAGGAAGACUCCAGUGACAGCCUGCGUAGACGCCUCCGUGAGACCGAGGAUGGCAGGAAGACUCUUGAGAACCAGGUGAAGAGACUGGAGAUUGUUGAGCGCCGAGAGACUAAAUUGAAAGAUGAAAUCCAGAGCAAGGCCCAGCAGAUUCAGCAGAUGGCAGAUAAGAUUCUGGAGCUGGAGGAGAAUCUGCGAGAGACUCAUUCCACAGCCCAGCGGCUGGAGACUCAUCUGAAGCAAAAGGAGCAGCUCUAUGAAGACAAGAUAAAGGUGCUGGAAACCCAGAUGAAGGCGGACAUGGCCGAUAAGGAGAUGCUGGAGUCCAGUCAGAGCAGAUAUGAGGAGGAGGUGCGGGAAAAGUGCAGCAUCAUCGGUGACCAGAAGGCGACCAUAAACGCUAUGGACUCCAAGAUGAACAGCCUGGAGCAGAGAAUUGCUGAGCUGUCUGAGGCAAACAAACUGGCAGCCAACAGCAGUAUCUACACACAGAAAAACAUGAAAGCCCAGGAGGAGAUGAUUUCAGAGCUUCGCCAGCAGAAAUUCUAUUUGGAGUCUCAGGCUGGGAAGUUGGAGGCCCAGAAUGCCAAACUGGAAGAGCAUCUAGAGAAAAUGAGUCAGCAGGAGCAAAGCAAUAAGAGCCGUGUGCUGGAGCAGGAAACCAGGCUCAGAGAGAUCGGGCUGGAGCACGAGGAACAGAAGCUGGAGAUAAAGCGCCAAGUGUCGGAGCUGACCCUGUCGCUGCAAGAGCGCGAGUCCCAGAUCAGCAACCUGCAGGCAGCUCGCCGUGCUGUGGAGAACCAACUGCAGCACGCCAAGACUGAGCUGGAGGAGACCACUGCAGAGGCUGAGGAGGAGAUCACUGUGCUCAGAGCCCACAGGGAUGAGAUACAACGCAAGUUUGAUACCUUGAGAGACAGUUGUGCGGUGAUCACAGAUCUGGAGGAGCAGCUGACCACACUCACUCAGGAAAACGCUGAGCUGAACCGUCAGAACUUCUACUUGUCCAAGCAGCUGGACGAGGCCUCGGAUGAGAGAGAAGACCGCCUGCAGCUCAGCCAGGACGUGGACAGACUUCGUCGGGAAGUGGCCGACCGCGAGAUGCACCUGAACAACCAGAAACAGAACCUUGAGACACUGAAGACCACCUGCACCAUGCUGGAGGAGCAGGUUCUCGAGCUGGAGACCCUGAACGAUGAGCUGCUGGAGAAGGAGAGACAGUGGGAGGCCUGGAGGGCGACACUGGAGGAGGAGAAGAACCAGGCUGAGAGGAGGACCAGGGACAUCCAGAGACUGCUGGACAUAGAGAAACAGAACAGGCUUCGUUCAGAGCAGCGCAGCUCAGAGUCUCGUCAGGCUGUGGACCAGGCAGUAAAGGAACACAAAGCUGAGAUCCUGGCCCUGCAGCAGGCCCUCAAAGACCAGAAACUCAAAGCUGAGAGCCUUGCAGACACUAUGAAUGACCUGGAGAAGAAGCAUGCCAUGCUGGAGAUGAAUGCCCGCAGUUUGCAGCAAAAGCUGGAGAGUGAGAGGGAUCUGAAGCAGAGACUGCUGGAAGAGCAAGAGAAACUGCAGCAGCAGAUGGACGCUCAGAAGACCCACAUCUUCCGCCUGACCCAGGGUCUGCAGGACGCUCUGGACCAGACUGACCUGCUGAAAACUGAGAGGACCGACCUGGAAUACCAGCUGGAGAAUAUCCAGCUCCACCUGCAGGCCGUGUACUCUCAUGAGAAGGUGAAAAUGGAGGGGACCAUCACCCAGCAGACCAAGCUCAUCGACUUCCUCCAGUCCCAGGCCCACGGCGGCUCCAAGAAGAAAAAGGGUCUGUUUGGCCGUCGUCGAGAGGACCUGUUGGCUGCCAUGGCUGCUCAGGCCCAGGCUCAAGGGCAGAGUCAAGGCCAGGUUUCCCCGGUGCCCAGCAUCCAGCCAGUUCCUCUGCAGUACAGCGACAUGAAGGUGGCUCUGGAAAAAGAGCGCACACGCUGCACAGACCUGGAAGAAGCGCUGCAGAAGAUGAGAUCUGAGCUGCGGUCUCUCAGAGAGGAAGCGCUCCAGUAUAAAGAUCAUGGUAACUCCUCAAACCCGGCCCGGCAGCAGAUGAUUAUGUCUGCCAUGGUAAAGUCUCCUGAACACCAGCAGGGCCCGAGCAGCCUGGCACCCGCCAACUCUGGACGUAGGAAGGAGACGGCAACACCUGAAGAGUAUAGCCGUCGUAUGAAGGACAGUCAGAGGGACAGAGAGAGGGAGAGGGAGAGAGUGGUGCACCACAACACCCCCCAUCGCUUCACAGUGGGACUCAAUAUGAGAGCUGCCAAGUGUACUGUGUGCCUGGAUACCGUGCACUUCGGUCGCCAAGCCGCCACCUGUCUUGAGUGUCACGCUUUGUGCCACCCGAAAUGCUCCCCCUGCCUUCCAGCCACAUGUGGCAUGUCCAGCGACUGCUCCCUGCAUCUGUCUGACGGGCUGUGUCGGGACAAAGGUAGCUCUCCAGGCCAGCAGCUCAAAGAAGCAGGUGGACACAUGCACCUGGAAGGCUGGAUGAAACUGCCCAGGAAUGGGAAGCGAGGCCAAGGCUGGGAGAGGAAGUAUGUGGUCCUGGAUGGGACCAAAGUGUCCAUCUACGAGAUAGAGCCCAGGGAAGAGUCUGUGAAGCCGCUGGAGGAGUUCGACCUGUGUCUGUCAGAUGGAGAGGUGAUGGUGCACGGAGCUGUAGGAGCAUCUGAGCUGCCAAACACGGCCAAGUCAGAUGUUCCUUAUGUCCUGAAGCUGGAGUCUGGUUGUCACGCCCCCUGCUGGCCUGGACAGUCUAUUUACUUCAUGGCUCCCAGUUUCCCAGACAAACAGCGCUGGGUGGCCGUCAUAGAGUCGGUGGUGGCCGGGGGACGAGCCUCUCGGGAGAAGGCCGAGGCCGACGCAAAGCUGCUGGGAAACUCUCUGCUGAAGCUGGAGGGAGAUGACAGGCUGGACAUCAACUGCACCCUCCCUCUCACAGAUCAGAUCGUUCUGGUGGGAUCAGAAGAGGGGCUGUACGCCCUGAACGUAAUAAAGAACUCCCUGACUCACGUCCCUGGUCUCGGAUCAGUCUUUCAGAUCCACAUCAUCAAAGAGCAGGAGAAACUGCUGAUGAUCGUUGGUGAGGAGAGGGCACUGUGUCUGGUGGAGAUAAAGAGAGUUAAACAGUCUCUGGCCCAGUCCCACCUGCCCAGCCAGUCUGAUCUGGCUCCCUACAUCUUUGAGACGGUGAAGGGCUGCCAUCUGUUCGCUGCUGGGAGAAUCGAUACCUGUCCUUGUAUAUGUGCUGCGAUGCCCAACAAGAUCACCAUCCUGCGCUACAAUGACAAUCUGAACAAAUACUGCAUCCGUAAGGAGAUUGAAACUCUGGAGCCGUGCAGCUGCAUCCAUCUGACCAGCUACAGCAUCAUCAUCGGCACCAACAAGUUCUAUGAGAUUGAGAUGAAGCAGUUUGUGCUCGAGGAGUUCCUGGAUAAGAACGACAUGUCUCUGGCCUCGGCCGUGUUCGCAGCCUCGUCGCACAGUUUCCCCAUCGCCAUCAUGCAGGUGGCGAGCAGCGUGCAGAAGGAGGAGUACCUGCUGUGUUUUCACGAGUUCGGAGUGUUUGUGGACACGUACGGACGAAGAAGCCGCACUGAGGAGAUCAAGUGGAGUCGGCUGCCUCUGUCUUUUGCCUACAGAGAGCCUUACCUGUUUGUCACCUACUUCAACUCCCUGGACGUCAUCGAGGUGCAGGGACACGCAGCUCUGGGUCCUACAGUGCUGGCCCACCUCGACAUCCCCAGCCCUCGAUACCUGGGCCCAGCCAUCUCCUCCGGGGCCAUUUACCUGGCCUCGUCCUACCAGAACAAACUGCGGGUCAUCUGCUGUAAGGGAAGUCUGAUCAGAGAGUCUGGAGAGCUGCAGAGGAGCGGCUCCAGUCGAGGUAGUCCCAGCAAGCGAGGCCCCCCCACCUACACAGAGCACAUCACCAAGCGUUUGUCCUCGGGCCCCGGCAGCCAUGACGGCCUGCACAGAGAGCCCAGCACGCCGCAUCGCUACCGGGAGGGACGCACCGAAUUCCGACGGGACAAAUCCCCCGCCCGGCCGCUGGAGAGAGAGAAGUCGCCUGGCAGAGUGCUGGACAGCCGCAGGGAGAGGUCACCUGGGAGAUUCGGGGACAGCUCUCGACUCCAUGCUGGGUCUGUCCGAACACAGCUCGCCCCUGUCAACAAGGUGUGGGACCAGUCAUCAGUGUGAACCUUGACCUGCUCGUGACUCGAGGUUUGAAGAGAAACCGCUGGGAACCCUCGCUCCACACCCAUCCCCCCAUCACUCAGGCUGACUGGCAGCCUCAUUGCCUGUACAUAGUGCAGUCUCUCCUCCACGUUCGGCAACACAUCAACCUGCACUGGGAGACGUCUCCUGCGACAAUCCUCUGUUUUACUGAGUCGUGCUUUCAGUGGAUUUGGUGUCAGCGAACCUGCACUGAGCUACACAUCCAAGAGAGUCUACUUUAUAAAAUAUAUAUCCUCAAAGUUGUACAUAUUGCUGUGUUGAGUUUUUAUAGAUAAAGGGAAUAGUCGGCUGGUGAAGCCAUGUCUAUUUUUUUUUAAACUGGGUUCGAUGUUGCAGAGAGAUGAACAAUGUCAGAGGAGGUGACAUGUAUGAAGAUUUGAUCCCAAUCUGAACACAUCUCAUUUGGUUGUUUCUCAGCUCCGAGGAUCAAACAGACGUUUGGUGAAAGAUGGAGAGCAACUCGGAGGAAGCGACACUUUGCACAUGAGAUCGGAUGUGAACAGGAGUUAAAACCAUUUUUGUUACUGGACCGGUCUUUCUAUGGAUCAAAUGUCCGGUCCUCUCGCU